ACUAUUUUGAUCAUUGAGAAGAAUAUUUCUUGUUAGUCUGAUACAAUUUUGAAAUACUGUUGCUUCAUUCUUGCAGAAAGAUGUGUUCUUGAUUUGCUCUAAUGCAAUGCAAUAUAAUUCAUCAGAUACCAUUUACCAUCGACAGGCCCGAGCCAUGCAAGAUAUCGCAAGGAAGGACUUUGAGAAUCUUAGACAAGAUAGUGAUGAUAGUGAACCGCAGCCCAAAGUUGUGCAGAGAGGAAGGCCACCAGGCAAGCCCUCAAGAAAGUCACUAGGUAUGCCUCCUGCUGAGCGCGUUGGACCUGAAUCUUCUUCUGAUGCAACUCUUGCUUCUGGCGGGGAUAUUGCUAGUGGCUCCAACGGUUAUAAUCUCAGGAAAGGACCAAGCAAAUUUCAGCCUACAGAUUCAAUUGCUAGGCCCUACAACAACACUUUUAACAGUGGAGGGUAUACUGGUUGGUCUGAAUGGGAGAAUGAAUUUCCAGCUUCUGUUGUAAAAGCUGUGUUAAGAUAUGGAAAGAAGCAGUUUGCAGUUGAUGAGACCAGGCGCGAUUCUUACAAAUUACCAGUGACUUCAGGAAAUGAAGGACCGCUGUUGACCACAGUUGAAGAUGAAGUCAAACAACUUCUUGCUGUAGGUAUACACAUGAAGCAUAGUUAUGCAAGAAGUCUAGCCCAUUUCGCUGCAGAUCUUGGUCCUGUUGUUUGGAAGAUUGCUUCAAGUAAAAUCAGCAGUGUUUUGCCUACAGGACAUGAAUUUGGUCCUGGAUGGGUAAGUGAAGAUGACGAGCCACAGAAGCAGCACUUCCCAGUUUGUGACGAGGGUAGAACUUCAGACCCUCCCGUAGUAGAGGAUUGUAAAAGUAGAUUUUCUUCUCCAUCUGGAUCACUUCCCCUUGCAAAUAGAUCCUGCUUGCAAAGUGUUGACAUGGUUAUAAAUAAUUAUCAAAAAGAAUUGAAUCCGGCAAUCAACAUUGCUGGUGGAUCUGAGUCCAUAACUCCUGUGAAGAUUCAGCAGGAAUCCAUGCCGCACCCUGAUGGUUUUGGUUCACAUGAUUGGUUAGGUUCUAAUUUUUCACCACAAAUGAAGAUGGUGAGACUUGCUGACCUAACUGGGUCACCGAGUGCUGGGGUUGCUCCUCAGAUGGAUCCCAUAAGUAGCCGCAUUGCGCAGACAAAUAAUAAUCCAUCUCUUUUGGGACAGUACGGGAGCAAAUCAAGUCAAUUAGAAUCCGGUAAUUUAUUGGCCCGGGAAUCUGGGUUUGAGCCACGAAGUUGGUCUCAAGGAAUUGCUGGAAAAUCAUCUUGGCAGGGUUUGGAAGUUCCCACUAAACAGAAGUCUUUUGCACUUUCUAAUGACUUGAAUGGAAGGAUUGGAACUACAAAUUCACCUAGUAGUUCCAAUGUGGAGGCUGGUUCUCAGUUGCAGCCUAAUUUGGCAUUACAGCUCUGAUGAUAUAUUUUUUCCUUUUUUGGGAUUGAAUUCACUCAUUGCUUACUAACAUGAUAUUGUCAUGUUGUAGGAAAGAAAAUACCCUAUUUAAUGGACCUUUCUUUUUAAAAUCAGAAGCAUUCAGAAACUGUCCUUUCUUCUGAAUUUUUUGUUUUUUGACUUUGUAACACAGGUUGGCCACUCCAUUAAGUAUACAGUUGAAUUGAUAUCGGCCAAGUCUUUAUGACACACUGCGAUUGAGACGUCAAAUGUUUAAUUAUCCUUCUCAUUUA